AUGGCUCAAUUGGUGAAGGUCGAGGCUCAGGUGGAGUUGGAAUCUCCAGCUGAGAAGGUGUUCGAUAUUUUCCGGAGAAAGUCCUACCUCUUCCCAGAAAUCGCCCCUCAUGUGGUCAAGGACGUAAAAUUGGUCAGUGGUGAUUGGGACUCUGUGGGCUCCGUAUGGCUCUGGACUCAAUGUUGUUGGUCUAACUUGGUGGCGAGAGGAUACGCCUGUAUUAAACUUGUAGUAAAUUUUUCAAACCCGAGCAUAAAGUGGCGCCUGACUGAAAUGGAGCCAUACGGGAAUAAACGGAGUGGCGAUGAAUUUUAUAAGAGCCUGAAGUCAAGCUUACAGUUCUCUCCGGAGGGCGAACGCUGCAUGGCGAAAGCAGUUUUGACUUACGAGAAGCAAAACGCUGACGUUCCCGACGCCAAUAAGUAUUUGGAGUUCACGCGCAGUCUGCUCAUCAGUGUUGACGGCUACCUUCUCAAGGCGUGA